AUGAAGCCCCCCGCAGGCCCAGAGGAGGGCAGGCGUCCAGCCUCGGACAUCCGCGCUUUCGCCAGCAGCUGUACGCUGCACGGGCUGGGCCACGUCUUCGGGCCCGGGGGCCUGACCCUGCGCCGGGGGCUGUGGGCCGUGGCCGUGCUCCUGUCGUUGGCCGCCUUCCUCUACCAGGUGGCUGGGAGAGUGCGCUACUACGGGGAGUUCCACUACGAGACAGCCCUGGACGAGCGCGAGAGCCACCGGCUCACCUUCCCGGCCGUCACCCUGUGCAACAUCAACCCGCUGCGCCGCUCACGCCUCACGCCCAACGACCUGCACUGGGCGGGGCCCACGCUGCUGGGCCUGGACCCUGCCGAGCACGCCGCCUUCCUGCGCGCCUUGGGCCAGCCCCCCGCACCAGCCGGCUUCAUGCCCAGCCCCACCUUCGACAUGGCACAGCUCUACGCCCGGGCCGGGCACAGCCUGGAUGCCAUGCUGCUGGACUGCCGCUACCGCGGCCAAGCCUGUGGGCCCGAGAACUUCACCGCGAUCUUCACCCGGAUGGGGCAGUGCUACACAUUUAACUCCGGUGCCCCCGGGGCCGAGCUGCUCACCACGCCCAAGGGAGGCGUGGGCAACGGGCUGGAGAUCAUGCUGGACGUGCAGCAGGAGGAGUACCUGCCCGUGUGGAAGGCCACGGAGGAGACACCUUUUGAGGCGGGGUUCCGAGUGCAGAUCCACAGCCAGGAGGAGCCGCCGGUCAUCGACCAGUUGGGCUUCGGGGCCGCCCCAGGCUACCAGACCUUCGUGUCCUGUCAGCAGCAGCAGCUGAGCUUCCUCCCACCGCCCUGGGGAGAUUGCACUUCGAGAUCUCUGGAACCCGACUUCGAGCAGGAACCCUCGGAUCCCCUAGGUGCCCCCAGCCCCAGCCCCAGCCCUCCCUAUAGCCUGAUGGGGUGUCGCCUGGCCUGCGAGACCCGCUACGUGGCUCGGAAAUGCGGCUGCCGAAUGCUGUCUCCUUCCCACCCCAUCCCAGGUGGGGCGCCCGUGUGCAGUCCCCAGCAGUACAAGGACUGUGCCAACUCCGCCCUGGACGCCAUGCUGCGGAAGGACGCGUGCGCCUGCCCCAGCCCGUGCGCCGUUACGCGCUACGCCAAGGAGCUCUCCAUGGUGCGGAUCCCGAGCCGCGCCUCCGCCCGCUACCUGGCUCGGAAGUACAACCGCAGCGAGGCCUACAUCGCGGAGAACGUACUGGUCUUGGACAUCUUCUUUGAGGCCCUCAACUACGAGACAGUGGAGCAGAAGGCGGCCUACGAAGUGUCAGAGCUGCUCAGUGACAUUGGGGGCCAGAUGGGGCUGUUCAUCGGGGCCAGUCUGCUCACCAUCCUUGAGAUUCUGGACUACCUCUGUGAGGUGUUCCGAGAUCGAGUCCUGGGCUAUUUCUGGAACCAAAGGCGCUCCCGAAGGCACUUCAGCACCAACCUGCUGCAGGAAGGGCUGGGCAGCCAUGGAACCCAAGUCCCCCACCUCAGCCUGGGCCCCAGAGCUCCCACACAUCCCUGCUCAGUCGCCGGGAAUGCCUCUGCCUCCCACCGCACCUGCUACCUGGUCACGCGGCUCUAGACCUGCGGUCUAUGCCCUCAGGGCCACGCCCGGACACCAUGGACACGCCUGGCCUGCACAUGUCCCUGCCAUCUCCCCGAAUAAA